AUGGCUUCUCGUCAGUUAAAUGGGAUUUCUACAACACCGUUUUUAUACGCUACGUAUAUGUUUUUUCUUGUUGUUGUUCUCAAUGAUGUGAUCUGGCACUUUCCCCUGGCCAGUGCCCAGCGUUUCGCCGCCGAUGACUCUUACAACUACUACUCUAGCAACAACAACAACAACAACAACAACAACAACCAAGAUAACUACGCUGGCAAUGAGUACCUCAGUGACUGGAGCGACCAAGAUUGGGUCAAGCUGAGUGGACGGAUCAACCAGCCCAAGUGUGUGGACAUACCCGCUAACCUCACCCUGUGUUAUGGCAUUGGGUACGAGAAGAUGAUGCUGCCUAACUUACUAGACCAUGAUUCUCUCAGCGAAGUCACCCAGCAAGCUGCUUCCUGGGUACCGUUGACUCGAAUUAACUGUCAUCCGGACGCUAAGAUGUUCUUGUGUUCACUCUUUUCCCCGGUGUGUCUGGACCGACUUAUCUAUCCGUGCAGGUCACUGUGCCAGGCUGUCCAGGUGUCCUGUGUGGGCAGGAUGAAGGCUUACGGCUUCGACUGGCCGGACAUGUUGAAAUGUGACAGGUUUCCGCUAGACAAUGACCUCUGCAUCAGACCCAUCCAUGAUGUCAAACCCGACAAUAACUGUACAGCCUGCAAGCAUCCACUCACACACGAGUCUAUGAUUGACCAGUUUUGUCGCUCUGAUGUGGCUCUGCGAGUCAGUGUCAAAGAAUUCAAGAACAUCAACGGACACAAAGAACUGACCCUGCGCAAAAAGAAGACAUUCUUCAAGCAGCAAGGCUUGACCAAGAAUCAAAUGCGCAACCUGCAGGCUGUGAUAGAAGGUGGCGCUAGCUGCUCCUGUGAAACCAUCAACUCUACUGAAGAUCGCUACCUGCUGAUGGGCAACCGACGAGCUGACCAGCUGGUUAUUACUUUCGGUAUGGUGUGGAACCGAAAAGACAAGGAGUUCAGGAAAGGUAUCAACGCUAUUCGUAAGGAGAAUACAUGCGAAGGGAUUAUCCGCGAGCUGUCUGCCAACGGUAUAGAAAAUAAACCACUUCCUUCCGGGAGGGUGGAAAAGCCAAAAACGAAAACACAAAAUAAAGACGGUAAAGGUAAAGGUGAUAAGAAAAAUAAAACAGUUAACAAAGAGAAGAAAGGCAAAACAGAUAACAAAGAUAAAAAGACAUCGGGAAAGAAAGGCAAAAAAGGUAAAAAGGGCAAGAAGGGAAAGGGGAGGAAGAGCAAGAAUAAAAAACAGCAAACGUCACCGAAUUCAGCAAGCAGACGAGAGAGCGUAACAGAGCUAGAAGAUAGAGCUUUGAGCAACUUCAUGAAGGCUGCUAACUGA